AUGGCCGACGACCUGGUGAAGAAGUGUUCGACCCUCAGACUUGAUGAUGACGAGGGUGGAUUGAUUGAUUUAGGAGAAGUUGAUUGUGCAGACUCGAAUGAGAAUUUUGACCUACUGCUAAUUGGGCGUUUGUGUACGUCUCGACCUUAUAAUGUCGAAGCUUUCAAACGGACGAUGAUGAAGGAUAAAGAGAAGAUUAUGAAGGGUAUGCCAUGGUGUUGGGAGAAAAAUCUCCUCGUGUUGAAUGAGAUAGAAGGCAAUGAACAACCUGACUGUGUUGAUUUAACUCGAUCCCCUUUUUGGAUUAGAGUCCUCAAUCUGCCAUUUAAUUGCAGGUCGGAUGCUUAUGUUAAGACCCUAACAGCGACCCUUGGCGAAUUCCUGGAUAUUAAGGAAGAUACUCUUAGACUUGGGAGGUAUAGGCGAAUUAGACUCCUUAUGAAUGUUGAAAAACCUCUGCGCAGAUACCAGUGGGUAAGAGAUAAGAAAGGGGAUGAGGUUCGAAUUGAGUUCAAGUAUGAGAGAUUGCCGUAUUUCUGUUUCGCGUGUGGUAUCAUUGGCCACUCAGAGAAGGAUUGUACUUUGGUAUCGGAAGAGGACAGGGCAAAAAAGCUAGGGUGGAGAUUGUUCCUUCGUGCGUCUCCAAGAAAAGGUGUUCAGAAGCAUAUAGAUGAGUAUAACCAGAUUGCAAGCAGUAGAAAGAAGUUAUUUGUGACAAAAGAAAAUGACUUGAAUGAUGCAAGCUUGGUUCUGACCACGAAAAAGAUCGCUGAAGACGAGAUUGUGAAUGAUUCCUUGGCAGAGAAAGGGGUAAAUGAUACAGAAUCAGAGCAGGCAAAUUUUAGUAAGACUGGUGCCCAAGUAUUGUCUAUAUUGGACAAUGCUUGUGUGGGGACUAGAGGUGUAUUGAGUGAGAAUGCAGGGGAGGUGGUUAAAAAAGGUGAAAUAAGGAGUGAAGGGAAGAUAGGGGAAGGGAGAGUGAAUGAGGGGGAGACAAGAGGAGCAGCUAAGCUGUCUGCUUUUGUUUUUGGGGUAAGUGAGGGACCAGGGAGUAAGAAGGGAUGGAAGAGAGUCAGCAGAGUUGUUAGGGAGGGUAACAUGGAGGUUGAUGAGGGAGGGGAGCUUGCUAAUGGGGUAGUACAAGAGAGAGGGAUUGAGGAUGUUGAAGGAUUGGUGACAGAAGACAGUGAAGGGGUUAGGAAACGAAACAAAAGUAGUUCCCAAACACCCACGUCAACUAAUCACAUAUGUGGUGAUAUGAAUAAUGGAGACAAAAGGUGGAGAUUCGUAGGUAUUUACGGGUGGCCUGAAGAGAGUAACAAGCAUCAAACUUGGAGAUUGAUUCAUCAUUUAUGUGAGGGAGCAGACUGUCCUAUUGUGCUAGGUGGGGACUUUAACGAGAUCCUCUCUUCUGAGGAGAUAGAGGGUGGAGCGGAUAGGGAGAGAAGGGAAAUGCAAAGUUUUAGGGAUGUGAUGGACUUGUGCGAACUCCGUGACCUUGGCUAUAAAGGACAGUGGUGGACCUGGGAACGUGGCAGAACAGUGAGAACUAGAGUUCGCGAAAGGCUUGACAGGUUUAUUGUCUCCUCGACAUGGGCUCGAAUUUUCCCUCGAGCAUCAGUGGAACAUCUACUUAAAUAUUUCUCUGAUCAUGCGCCCAUAGUGUUACGUUUGGUUCCUAAGGCUCGGAAAAGACGUAAACUGGACGAGUCUUGCGAGGCAGAAGUGAAGAAGGUAUGGCAAGCUGCCAACGAGCAUGAUGUGAUUGGUAAGCUUGGGCAAGAUAGAGUUUCGGCAGAGUCUUGUGAAAGAAGUGUGGAACUUGAAAAUCGGCUUGAUGAUUUGCAACGCAAGCACGAAGCCUACUGGUUUUUGCGGUCUCGAGUGUUGGAGGUUAGAGAUGGUGACAAGAAUACUAGUUACUAUCACCAUAAGGCAUCGCAACGAAGGAAAAGAAAUACUAUAGAAGGCCUCUAUGAUAGUGAUGGAGUAUGGCAAGAGGAUGAUGAAUUGUUUGAGAAUAUUGUCAGUGGGUUGUACACCAACCUUUUUACUUCAACAAAUCCUACCAAUGAGCAAACUGACAAAGUACUGCAACACGUGAAGCCGAUAAUUUUGGACUCUAAUAAUGCUGCUCUUUUGCGCCCGUACACUAAGGAGGAGGUCUAUGAUGCUCUUAAGCAAAUGCACCCGUGUAAAGCCCCGGGGCCGGACGGUAUGCACGCAAUUUUUUAUCAGAAAUUUUGGCAUAUUGUUGGGGAUGAUGUUUACCAUUUUGUUAGUAAUAUUUUGCGUGGUGUCUCUCCUUUAAACCAUGUAAAUAAAACUAAUAUUUCUCUUAUCCCGAAAGUUAAAUCGCCCACAAGUAUGUCUGAGUUCCGGCCUAUAAGUUUGUGUAAUGUAUUGUAUAAGUUAGUUUCGAAGGUGAUUGUUUUGCGUCUGAAAUCUAUCUUGCCAAAUGUUGUCACGGAAAAUCAGAGUGCAUUCGUUCCGGGACGGCUAAUCACUGAUAAUGCUCUUAUUGCUCUUGAACUGUUCCAUACUAUGAAAAACAGGAGUCAGAGUAGGAAGGGCUCAAUUGCCUUGAAACUUGAUAUGAGUAAGGCAUACGACAGGGUUGAAUGGGGAUUUUUGCGUAAAUUGCUCCUUACUAUGGAUGCUUUUUCUCAUAUGUUACAUAAUAAAGUUCACCAAGGUGAACUUCAUGGAGUGAAAGCUAGUAGAAGUGGGCCAGCUAUCUCCCACCUUUUGUUUGCAGAUGAUAGUUUACUCUUUGCUCGAGCGACUAGACAGGAAUGCGAAGUUAUAGUUGAUAUACUCAACAGAUACGAAGUAGCAUCGGGUCUGAAAAUUAAUUUUGAAAAGUCGGAGGUGUCGUUUAGUAGAGGGGUAAGCACGGAGCAACAAGAGGAAUUAAUGGGGAUCCUAAAAAUGCGUACGGUUGAUCGGCAUAGCAAAUAUUUGGGUAUCCCGACGAUUGUUGGGAGAUCGAAGAAAGCCAUUUUUGGGGCACUACUUGACAGGAUUUGGAAAAAGCUGCAGGGGUGGAAAGAGAAGUUGCUUUCGAGGGUCGGGAAAGAGAUAUUGUUGAAGUCUGUUAUUCAGGCAAUCCCAACAUAUUUAAUGGGAGUGUAUAAAUUUCCAUCAUCAGUAAUUCAGAGUAUUCGAUCGGCUAUGGCAAAGUUUUUUUGGGGAUCGGGUGCCCGGAGGAAGAUCCAUUGGAAAUCAUGGGACGUGAUGUGUACGCCAAAAUGUGUAGGGGGUAUGGGGUUUAAAGACUUGGAGGUGUUCAACAUUGCUUUGCUUGGCAAACAAGCUUGGCGACUUGUGUGGAAGGACGAAUCCCUCCUUGGUCGAGUAAUGAGUGCGAAGUACUACCCUAAUAGCUCCUUUUUGGACUCUUAUUUGGGAGUGUCUCGUAGUUUUUCAUGGAGGAGAAUCUGGAGUGCAAAGGCUCUAUUGAAGGAAGGACUAAUAUGGCGAAUUGGCAAUGGGUCUACGGUAAACAUUUGGAAGGAUCCUUGGGUCGCGGAUGAAAAUGGAAUGUAUAUUACAAGUGCGGCAGUGGAGGGUCUAAAUAAUGUGAAUGAACUGGUGGAUUUCUCGAAAAUGGAGUGGGGGGAGGAUUUAAUCUCUUCGGUGUUCAAUGAAAGGGAUACAAAGUGUAUCCUUUCGAUUCCCUUAGGUGCGCAGACUUCGAAGGAUGUGAUUACAUGGGCCUUCUCGAAUGACGUUAUGUACUCUACCAAAACAUCUUAUAUGUUAGGAAAAGGGUGCAAUUUUGAUCUGCUCCAUAAAGCUUGGGCAGAAUUAUGGGGGUUAGAGGCAUCACCGAAAGUUAGCCAUUUUCUAUGGAGGAUGUGUUCGCCAUCUUUGAGUGUAGGCGAGUGCAGGAGUUAUGGUCGGAUAUGGGCUGCACUGGUGCCAAGUCGCAAAAUGCAGAAACGAUGUGUGAGCUGCUAG